AGAGCGACUGCCAUUCAGAGCGAGUUUAACAUGACAUCCUUUACAAAGAGAGAGGAGGAGCGCCAUGACAAUUACCAAAGGAGCAUGUACGAGAAUCUACAACACAAUCAGCAAAGGAGAAUGCAGUUGCAGAAUGAUCUUCAAUCACAUCAGCGAAAUCAUCGCCUUAGCAAGGCUGCCUGGCUGCAGGGCCGCUGGUUGGAGAUCAGUGAGCAGGAGCGCAGGGCUCAGAUACACAACCAAAAGCUGUUGCAGGACUUUCAGAGAGCACAAGACACGCUCAAUGACAUGGUGGCCCGCACCGAAGCCAUGAACACUAUACGGGUUCAGUAUGAACAGUAUCUGGAAGAGAGCUUCCCACGAUGGCAACAAAGACUCAAAGACAUAAGAGUUUCUGAGUCAAAGCAGAUAAAGCAGCACUUAAAGAGCUAUAUUCAGCAGAUGGAGGAGGGCAAAGGUAUCAAGGCUGAACACAGGUCUGACUUUAGAGGCCACCGUCUGUCCUCCAAUUCUCCAGAACCACCUCAGCCUUCUCACACCAUGCCAAACACUCAUCAGACAGCAAAAGACAUCAAGCAAAAUGCUGAAAGAUGCAACCAUCAUCCUUACGUUCCUCCCACUUGGUUAAGUGGCUCACAGCCUUUUAUUUCUGGACUCCCCCAAAACAAUUUCCCAAAGGAUUACAAAAACCUUCAAAACAUUCAAGCCUUGAAUCAUCCCUUGCCACCCUACUAUUCUUUACCUGGACAUCAGUCACAUUCUCCAGUCCAGCAAAAGCCACCAUCAGUGGACCAUCUGUGGGCCGGUAUUACGCCUACAGCUCACUUCACUCCUGCUGGUGCUUCCUGGCCACGACUUCCUGUGCUGAACCCCAUGGCAUGGGGUAUGAUGGAUGUACCAGACCCCAGUGAGGAAAGAAUCCAAUGCAGUGAGACAGACAAGGAAAAGGUGACAAAAGAAACAUUAAAACCAAAUGAGGAGAGCUGCCAGAGACCAAAACACAGGAGAAAUGUGAAAGAGAGUGAUCGGUCUUGUGAGCUUGACUGUAGACCAGUGCGUCUAUCAACCAACCAUGAAGAAAGUAGUGAAGGCUGUGCUGUGUCCUCUGAAGUCAUGGUUUCUGGGGUGCAAAAACGGAGAAAGAAAAGAAACGGGACCAAAUCAAACUCUACAGAAAAUAGGAACGAAUCUCAAGACUCUUCCGCUAUGUCACAAGAUGCUUCAGAUAGCCACUCAGACACAAAAAUCAAUAAACCACAACAAAAACCAUCUAAGAAGUGUAACAGCAAAGAAUCCAUUAUCACUGAAAAGAAUGUUGAUGCAGUGAAACAAGAUGAAGACGAACCAGAUGAAAGCAGGAGCCAAGAAGUUUCUCAGAGUAGUAUCAGCUCUGAAAAGAAAGAUGGAUCUGAAGGACUCAACGUUAGACAGGAAGAUGAUUCCGAAAGAGAUGAUGACAGUCAAGACAUCAUUGUUGCAGAGGAGAAAACAAGUCACAGAGAAGCUGAAGAUUCUGAAGGAGAUGAUGAAAGUCAUGACAUAAUUGUUGCAGAAGAGAAAACAAGUCAAAGAGAAGUUGAAGAUGAAGAAGAGGAUGAGGAAAGCGCAGAUGGAGAUGAGAAAGCAGGAUUAAUUGGUGAAGCACAGGGAGGUGAUGAAGAAGAGAGUGAGAAAGUGAUGGGAAAGAGAGAUGAGACUGAGCCCAGUGAUGAGCCAGAAAUGGAAGGAGAUGUUCCAGAGGACAUUCCAGAUAGUGGAGAUGAAGGAGAGACAACGGAGGAAGAGGAGAGAGACAAGAGUUUUUAUGAAAAGGAGACUGAAAAGACUCAAGGACGUGUAGAAGAUGAGAGAGAAAUUCAGAACAGUCUUGAGGAGUCUGAGGAGGAAGAAGUUUACUAUCAAGAAAUAGAAGAUGAUGAGGAGGAAGAUGAUGAGGUUGUGAUUGAGAAAGCAUACCCCUGGUCAAGAGACCCUUUGGAUGAUCAUACGAAAUGCCCUGAUGAUGACGAUGAUGAUAUUGAAGGUCUUCUCAACCCUGUCAAUGCACAAACACAGCAGCAGGAUGAGGAGACAGACCAAUCAAAUGAUCAACACUCUGGUUCAGAGGAGGAAAAUCUACCACAGAAGAACCAUCCUGCAGCUACAAAUGAGAUAGUAGAGUCUGAUGAUGAGUUUGACCACUUCUAUGAUUAAACCAGAAACUAGAACAGAAAGAUGGAAAACAAUGGAAAGAGAAAACCAACAAUGGAUGAAUACGCUAGACAGAAGCUGCAAUAAUGUGAUGCUUUCAUAAAAUGAGCAAGGUGCACACCCUAAACAGCAGCCUCAGACCAGCUAGGGAGCCACAAGGCCGAGCAAUGAAUAGAGGAAUCAGAUUACAAAGGGAUGAAAGAGGAAAGAAAGGGAUAAAUAGAUGCUGGGUGUCCCUCAUCUUUUUUUGUUAUUUGCUGGUAGCUUAUCUGACUGUCCUGAAAGAACCACACCACUGUCACUCUGCAAACACAGGUGGAUCCAGAGAUGAAGAGAGAAUAAUAGAGGAGAUGAAUAGUGGAUGACGUUAAAUGAGAGAAGCCAAGUUAUAGAUUUUAUUCUAAGCGCAUAGCUGAAAUGGUAACACUUUUGUAAAACAGUAAAGUGUUUCUUUAAUCUAAAUCAAUGUUUUAUUUAUGUGCUAUACUGAAUCAAAGUGUUUGCCUUGAAUUCUUCGGCAUUAAUUUAAAUGUAGCAAGAGUUUGAACGCUUUCUCAUUCAGAUAGGGAGCGUGGCCUGAAGCGAGGGGGAUGAGUGGGGGUUUCGAGGGAAGAGGGGGCGCUACGGGAAGGAGUACAGGCCUGUCACUGCCUCUGACUGAUGGCUAUUUGAACAGGCAUAUUUACCCGAGCCCUUGUGAAAGGAGACGGAGGGACACUAACGGAGACGUGCAGGCACAGACAGGCAAUAAAAAGCUGGCCACUGUGUAAACAACAUGGCCUAGUCUGUUCGGCCGCUGCCAUGCCAACAGGGCAGCUUCCACUCUCCAGCCAAUCACAUGCCAGCUUUUUGACAAGUGGAA